UAUUUUGUUUUUUUCCCUCUCUGACACACUACACACUUUCUCUCUCCUCCCACUUUUGAAGUUGAAAGUUGAAACCUUUCUCUCUCUCCGUCCCAACCCAACCCAACACACACUCAGAAAUCAGAAUAUCUUCUUCUUCUUCUUCUUCUUCUUCUUCUUCCUCUAAACCUCAUCAACUUGAUCAUCUACUCUCUCACUUUCUCACUCAAUGAACUGCACCGAAAGCUCAGCUUCUCACUGAAGCAAAAGCCUUGAACUUGUUUGAAAAUAACAAAAGGGGUGAAGGGGCAUGCCUACUUUUUAGGGUAUAGGAGAAGGAAGAAGAAGAACAACAACGACAUCAUUGAUUCUUUUCAGGUUCAUCUCAGAAGAGGGGAAAGAAAAAAAAAACUAUUUUUUUAUUUGUUGUUAUUAUAUAUAUUUUUGCCUCCCUUUUUUGUUAUUGGUGGCUUUAGACGAAAGGAGCUCAAGUUUGAAGAAGCUUUGUACUUUGUGGGGCUCUAGAUGCCUUUUUUUGUUGUUCCUGAUGUUGAAUUUCAUAUAUAACUCAGAAGAAUUGGGGUUUGGUUCUUUAUUUUGUUGAUGAUGUUCAUGUAGAAAGGAGAGGAUUCUGGGAGGUUGGUUUUUGUCUUGAAUUUUGUAUUUUGAAAGUAAAGUCUUUUUCUUUUUAUACUUUGAUUUUCAUUGUUUGAUUAUUAUGUGGGUAAUGAUUGAAAUGAGGAAUUGGGGUGUAUAGUUUUGUAAGGUUGCAGCAUGAGUUUCAGAGAAGAAUCGGUUCCGGAAAGCACUGAGUCAAAAUCAGUGAAGCAAAAUGGGUUCAUAACAGAUACUCAGUUAACAAUCGAUGAGAGCCUUUUGGUUGAUCCAAAACUUCUGUUUAUAGGGUCCAAUAUUGGUGAGGGAGCUCAUGGUAAAGUCUAUGAAGGAAGGUAUGGAGAGAGAAUUGUUGCAAUCAAAGUUUUAAAUCGUGGGAGCACUUCUGAAGAAAGAGCUGCCCUUGAAAAUCGGUUUGCUCGGGAAGUUAAUAUGAUGUCUCGUGUCCACCAUGAGAAUCUUGUUAAGUUUAUUGGAGCUUGUAAGGAUCCUUUGAUGGUGAUCGUUACAGAAUUAUUGCCUGGGAUGUCACUGAGGAAAUACUUAACAAGUAUCCGUCCGAAGUUACUAGACCUUCAUGUUGCUAUAAACUUUGCCCUUGAUAUUGCUCGGGCCAUGGAUUGGCUACAUGCCAACGGGAUCAUACAUAGAGAUCUGAAGCCCGACAAUCUGUUGCUUACGGCAAAUCAGAAGUCUGUUAAACUUGCAGAUUUUGGUCUCGCAAGAGAAGAAUCCGUGACUGAAAUGAUGACAGCAGAAACCGGAACUUACCGAUGGAUGGCACCAGAGUUGUAUAGUACCGUGACAUUGCGCCAGGGAGAGAAAAAGCACUACAACAACAAGGUUGAUGUGUAUAGCUUUGGUAUUGUUUUGUGGGAGCUACUAACAAACCGCAUGCCUUUCGAAGGGAUGUCGAAUUUACAGGCUGCUUAUGCUGCUGCAUUUAAGGUUGCAGCAAGAGAGGCCUAGCAUGCCUGAAGAUAUAUCCCCGGAUCUUGCCUUUAUCAUACAAUCAUGCUGGGUCGAAGAUCCUAACCUGAGACCGAGUUUUAGUCAGAUCAUUCGCAUGCUCAAUGCAUUUCUCUUCACGCUUUCGCCACCGUCUCCUCCCAUGCAAGAGCCUGAUGAAAUCGAGCCUGAGGAAGCGACGACAAGUAAUGGUACCAUUACUCAGUAUUCCGCCCGGAACAGAGGGAAGUUCGCUUUUAUUCGCCAUUUGUUUUCUUCAAAGAGGACCAAAAACCCUUUUGGUGUAGAUGAAAACUGAAAAAAGUUGCAAUGGUAUUAUGGUAUAUAAUUUUAGUGCAUUUAUAUGAGUAACCAUCUAAGGUGACAACUAGAAAGAAUGUAACAUGCUCCACAAAAUAGAAUAGAAUGUUGUUCAUAGA